AAAAGUAUUUUUCGUAGUCCAGUACAAAAAGGCUCGACCUCUAACACGCUUUAGAGAAGAGGAAAAGUGUUGCUUUGGAACUUGUUUUAAGGGGCCAGGAUAAAUAUGGCUACUGAAUCCACAGAGAAUGCUGGAGGAGUUCAACCAGCAACAAAAAAAGACAAGUGUCCCAUUGGGGACAAACAGUUGAACGAGAUGAAGCAGAUUUGGAAGGAGUGCCAAGAGGAGAGUUUUUGGUACAGAGCUCUUCCUCUCUCUCUUGGAAGCAUGGCCAUCACUGGGGGUCUGAUCUACAGAGGGGUUUGGAAACAAUCAAAGCGCUUCGGCCCAUUCCCUAAACUAGCAUUGGCUGGUAUCGUGGGUUACGCAGUGGGAAAAGCUUCUUAUAUAGGAACAUAUAAAGAAAAGUUUCAAAAGCUGGGACCAGAGUUCAACAAAGGCUUUGGUCCGGGAUGGGGUCCAGGGUUUGGGCCUGCUUUCUUUGGAGGUCAUGGACAUAGACACUGCACACAUGUAUGUCAGGAGUGUAAAAAAACAGAAGAAGCUGCAACAGCAUCUGCAACAGGACCUGCUCAAAGCUGAUGAAGCUGAUUUGGUAUAACUCAACUGGUACCAAAAGUGACACCAAUAAUACAGAGACAUUUGUUAGUUCAUUUGUAUGUGAAGACAAUUAAAUAAAAUGCGGUCCAAUAUAUUUUUGUUGAAUCAUAUCAUACUAUGAGUGAAGACACACUUUUAUGAUACACAUUAAAUACCUAACAUGUUUAU